CUCAGCCGAGCCUCGGUUGCUUUUCCCGAUCGGUCAUGGCCACAGACGGAUCUGGUGAUAAGAUCAUAGUGUGUGACAAUGGAACUGGGUUCGUUAAAUGUGGUUAUGCCGGGUCAAACUUCCCUGAACAUAUAUUCCCUUCGAUGAUUGGCCGCCCUAUGCUUCGGGCUACUUCGAAAAUCGGGAAUGUUGAAGUGCAGGAUAUCAUGAUUGGGGAUGAGGCGAGUGAACUUCGUCAGCUUCUGGAAAUUUCGUACCCCAUGGAGAAUGGGAUUGUCCGUAACUGGGAUGAUAUGAUACUCCUCUACGACUACAUUUUUGGCCCAAAGAAGAUGAAUGUCGAUCCCAAACAUUCGAAGAUCCUACUGACGGAACCGCCGCUGAACCCUCUAAAGAACAGGGAGAAGAUGGUUGAAGUUAUGUUCGAAAAAUACGGGUUUAACGCUGUCUACAUAGCCAUCCAAGCGACUCUCACGUUAUAUGCGCAAGUUUUCUUUCCCAUCCGUUUUCUAUACAUAGGACUGAUGACUGGUGUGGUUGUCGAUUCUGGAGACGGAGUAACGCAUGUUUGUCCUGUUUACGAUGGUUUCUCCAUGCCACGCCUGACCAAAAGAUUGGAUGUCGCUGGACGGGAUAUCACCCGGUAUCUGAUUAAGCUUCUACUGCUUCGUGGCUACGCUUUCAAUCAAACCGCGGACUUCGAGACAAUACGCCAAAUGAAAGAGAAGUUGUGUUACGUGGCGUACGAUUUGGAGCAGGAGCAAAGCUUGGCUCUGGAAACUACUGUUUUGGUGAAGAAAUACACGCUCCCUGAUGGUAGGGUCAUAAAAGUUGGUGGCGAACUAUUCAGUGCUCCAGAGGCGUUGUUUCAACCUCAUUUGAUCAAUCACGAAGGCGUUGGUAUUGCCGAACUCUUGUUCAAUACCAUUCAGUCAGCAGAUAUCGAUACCAGACCAGCUUUCUAUAAACAUAUCGUGCUCAGUGGGGGCAGUACAAUGUAUCCUGGUUUGCCAAGUCGACUUCAGCGUGAAAUCAAACAACUGUAUCUACAGAAUGUACUUAAGGGUGAUACUGAGAGACUCUCUAAAUUCAAAAUCCGUAUCGAGGCCCCACCGCAACGUAAGCACAUGGUGUUUCUGGGCGGCGCUGUACUUGCGAACAUCAUGAAAGAUCACUCAAACAGUUCGUGGUUGACCAAGAAGGAAUACGAAGAGAAGGGUCUGAAGAUUCUGGAGAGAUUAAAUCAGCGUUGAAGUUUGCGAUUCCUCUGCGUUCUACCGACCCACCCGUUGAUUUGCUAAUUAUUGCAGUUCGGAUUUAUCCGUCAACCACUACUGACUUGUGAGCUGCGUAUCCACAAAAGUAUGACGGAGUUAUAAAUUUCUACUCUAUAUUUCUAACGCUUGUUCGUUUGCACGCCUCAGCUUCAAUGUCUUUCUAUAAACUUUGUAUGACCAACUACAACGUACUGCACGAUCCCAAGAUAGCCAUGACAUCAGCACAUUAUGAUGUACUACCUUUGUGCUUUUGUCGUUGAUCUUUACCCGGAUGAUGCUCAGUACUUUUUUGUACUUCACAAGACACUUAACUUCUACACAACCAAAU